UUUCAUUGUUCAUUUUCUCAUCAUCUCUCCUUCGUCUUCUUACCCGCUUAUUCCACGAUACAAUGGCCGAAAAAGCAACCUACACACACGGGCACCACGCCUCCGUCCUCCGCAGCCACGGCCAACGCACAGCCCUAAACUCCGCGCGCUUCCUGCUCACUCACCUGCAACCACACAUGAAGAUCCUAGACAUCGGCUGCGGCCCGGGCACCAUCACUGUCGACCUGGCAACCUACGUGCCGCAGGGCCACGUCACGGGCCUGGAGAUGGCCGGCGACAUCCUCCCCGCAGCGCGCCAGCUCGCCGCCUCGCGCGGGCUCACCAACAUCGACUUCGUCGCCGGCGACGCCAACGCCCUCCCCUACGCCGACGAGUCCUUCGACGUCGUCUUCUGCCACCAAGUCCUCCAGCACGUCGCUGACCCCACGGCCAUCCUGGCGGAAAUGCGGCGCGUGUGCAAGAUCGGCGGUAUCGUCGCCGCUCGUGAGGCAGACUAUGCUGCUUUCAUGUGGUAUCCCGAGUUGCCUGGGUUAAAGCGGUGGCAGGAAUUGUAUGAUCGUGUCGCGCGGAGGAACGGGGGCGAGCCGAAUGCGGGCCGGUAUUUGCAUGUCUGGGCGCGGAGGGCCGGUUUCGAAGAGGUGGACUGUGCGGUUAGUUCGUGGUGUUUUGCACGUCCUGAGGAGGUAAGCUGGUGGAGUGAGACGUGGCGGGAGCGUGCGGUGAAGUCGGCGUUCGCGAAGGGUGCGCUUGAGCAUGGCUUUGCGACUGAGCGGGAGCUCGAGAGUAUUUCUGAUGUGUGGAAGGAGUGGGGGGAGGAUCGCGAUGCGUGGAUCUCAAUUCCGAGUGCGGAGGUUGUUUGUCGAAGAGUUUGAGGGUUUUUGUUGGGGUCGUGCUUGUUUGGCAUGAUAUAUGUAUUUGGAAUUAUGGGCACCUGGUCUUGCCUGUAUUUGCAGCGG